AUGAUGGGACAAUUGGGACAAGUCCUUGCUCGAUUAUUUCCUUUUAAAAGAGGAUUAUGUCAUGCAUAUUGGGCGCCGAAUUUUUGGGCUUUUUAUGCUGCGGUGGAUCGAGUAUUGAUAGUUGUUGCAAAACGAUUCGGAUGGACGUUAAAUGUAUCGGCAAUUGGUUCGAUUACAAGAGGAUUGGUUGGAGAUGUUAAUUUCGCGUUUUUGCCACAAGUUCAAGCGAAUCACACAUUCAUUCUUACCUUGGGAUUCCAGACGGCAUCUCUUAUGAAAUUGUGGAAAUAUCCGAAUUAUAAGAAUUUUCUUGGAUCAUUAAUUUUGAAUGGUUAUUCUUCUUUUCUAUUUGGAUGGCAUGUUCAUGAGAAAGCUAUCUUGUUGGUUAUGAUUCCCUUCAGCUUGAUUUAUACGGAUGAUAUCAAACUUUUACGUUCUUAUAUGAUACUUGCAGUAUCCGGAAUAUUUUCUUUAUUUCCACUUUUAUUUAAAUUGACAGAAUCUACCAUCAAAAUUGUGAUUUGUUUACUAUGGUUUAUUUUAACCUUCAUGGGAAAUGUAAAUAAUAAGUCUGGUAUAGCAUACCCACGAAAAGAUAGGUCCAUUAUAUCGUCAUCUUUUAUAGAUUUAGCGGAAAACAUAUAUAUGUAUGGGUUUAUCGUAUUACAAUUUUUCACAGGAAUCGCACAUUAUAUCAUCUAUAAUGAUCAGUAUCCAUUUUUACCUUUAUUAAUAACAUCCGUAUAUUGUGCUAUUGGUAUAAUGUAUUCUUGGAUUAAAUUGAGUUUGAUUUAUUUUUUUGAGAAGGAAUGA